GUCCUCCAUCGUACAGGUUUUACCACCGUCUCAUUUGUCUGUGACACACACUAUUCAAGUCAAUUAAUUAAUCGCGUCCACAAACAACCACCCAUUCAAGUCCCAAGCCCAACCCGAGGAAUCCGGGACCUGAAGAUGGACGGAGCUCCGACGACGAGCGGGAGCGGAGGAGGAGGGGGAGGCGGCCCGGCGCCGUUUCUGAUAAAGACGUGCGACAUGGUGGACGACUCGACGACGGACGAGAUCGUGUCGUGGAGCCAGAACAAGACGAGCUUCGUGGUGUGGAACCCGCCCGAGUUUGCCCGGGUCCUCCUCCCCGUCUUUUUCAAGCACAACAACUUCUCCAGCUUCAUCCGCCAGCUCAACACCUAUUGCCUGUCCAAGCGUGACGAGGUUCGUGCCGUUUUCCUCCCUGGUAGUGAAGUUCCAAAUUGGUUCAGCCAUUAGGGAAUUGGGUGUUCUAUUUCCUUCGACGUACCCCCACUUUCAGAGGGUGAAAUCCAGGGGUUGCUCGUUUGCGCUGUUUAUGCAGCCAAGAAUCCGAUGCGACAACUUCAGUUCCUUCCAUGAAAAUCACUAAUAAAACUAGAGGCCACGAAGAUAUUUUUUGGCCAACGUUCUCUGCCAUCCCCAUAACAUGUGAAGAUCAUUCCUGUGUCUGCCAUAUACCACUCAAAAGACAUCAAUUUGAGAUGGAAAGUGGAGAGGAAGUGGAGGUCUACAUCAUAUCUCAGUAAGGCAUUGAAGUGAAGAAGUGUGGAAUUCAUGUACUAUUUGAUGAUUCAAAUGUAGGAGAUGGAUAUGGAAGUAUGGAUAUGGAGUCGUCUGCUAAGAGAGGUCGAGACGACAAUGAGGCAGGACCAAGCAAUGAUUGUUCUAAUGAUCAACAAAAGUGCCAUAAAAGGUCAAGGAUAGAGUCUCAAGCACAAGAAUGAAAUAUAUUUGAUAACAAAGGAACAACUAAUAGUAAUUUAAAUGAGUAAACAACUCAUUUUUACAAAAAGGGCAUCUUUAAUUUUUGUCAUAUGAACA